AUGGAGGUGGAGACGCCCCAAAAACCAGCAAUACAAGAAGCCACGGCCGAACCGCCACCGGAAACGGCACCAUCCCAGAAAGGCCGCAAACCCGAAAAGGUCGAGACUUCGUUUAGCCCCGGCGAUAUCAUACGGGGUCGGCAGCUCGCCAGCGAACUCGAGGCUUUGCGCGUGGAGGUCAAUCAAUCCCAUGGUCUGCGCGGUAACCGAGUCGUCGGGAAGGUCGACACACUACGCGAGGCCAACGUCCUCAUCACCCGCAACGACACGGCCAAUAAGAUUGGUCUUGAGGAAAUUCGCUCGAUCCAAAAGAUGCUCAGCGAUUUUGACACUCGUGAGCGCUGGGAGAACGAGCAGUUGGAAGCCGCACCAGCCGGUAUACAGCCGCCACAAGGAGCCGCGCAAAUGGAAACGACGUUGAAUCGGCCCUCACCCUCCUACAACUCGUCGCCGCCGCUGUCGUCAAGCCCGUGGAGUCUGGACGGGUUCCCGGUGGUGAACUACGACCAAAACUUCGACCAGUCCCCACCCUACGGCUACCCGGCUCCCCAUGAAUACGGCUUCGACCCGUACUACGCGCAACCGUUCGGCGGCCACCACUACCCACGGACAUCUAUGUACGGUCAUCCCGGAAUGUCGCACCAGCCGAUGCACAUGUCGCCCACGCCGUACGACUUCUCGAUGGGACACGGGUUUCCGGCGGAGCCUUCAACCGCGGAUCACUUUCCCGUCGAGCCACAGCAACCACCGCAAGCCUCCCCUUCAUUUAACCCGGUGCCGGAAGGGUUCCACAUUGAGUACAUCUCGCCGACGCGCCCGAUAAUGGUUCCAAACAACCCGGGGCAACAGCCAGCGGUUUCGAGGCAGAAUCAGCAGCCGCACCACCCGGGAAAUGGCUACGGCAAUGCGGGAACUUCAACAGUGCCACCCGAAUUUGCGCCCCAGGUCUCAUCUGCAGGCCCCUUCACGUCGAAUCAUCCCCAACAACAGCCCCAGGCUCCAAUGAUGUCCAGCCAGCAGCCAGAAAGCUCCACCGAUCAAGGCAGCCCGCCCACAUCGGCGGCAUCGCCGGUAUUUCCGGUUGAGACGUCAAGCCCGAAAGCCUCGCCGUCCAGUCAGCAAGAGGCGGCCCAACAACAAAGCUCGAAGCCCGAGGAAGAAGCUGCUGCUCAGCCUGAUCAACAACAAUCCGCGGAAGUGGUUGCUCAAGAAGCGCAACAGCCAAAACGGCAGCCUCACGCUGGAAAAGGCGUAGCUAAAGCGGCCAAGAAGUCUGGUGAAAAUUCUGCUGCCGCUCCCCCGCCGGCCCCUACAAAGUUCCGCUCGUACGAGGUGAUACACACAAUGCGCGGCAACCAGGUCGUCCGGAUCACCUCGCCGCACGGCGACCCGAUCAUCCCGAAACCGUCGCCCCAGCGGAGAUACUCCAAAAACAUGGAGCAGCGCGGCUUCCCCAAGGAGCACGACUACGCCGCCAUGUCGCCGGUCAACGCGGCGCAGAACAGCGUGCAGACCACCGUGCCCAGCAGCCUGCCGAACUCCACGCAGCCCGUGUGCAGCUACCCGAGCCCACAGUUCUAUGGCCAGCCACAGCAGCUGCAGCAGCCGAUGAGCCCGCAAAUUCAACACCCCCAGGGCGUGCCCUACUACCCGCCGAUGAGCCAGUCGGGCCAGCAAGGCGCUUCAAUGUAUGGUGGUCACCCUGGGGCACAACAUCAGCAAUAUGUUGUUCAACACCACCCGAACGUCUCGGCCGCCCAGGCUCCGAUGAUGAUGCCGAUGCGCAUGCAGCAGCAUCCAGGCCCCGUGCGACAGGCCGUCCACUUGCCGCCGCACACGGCUCCUCAAUAUGCUCAGUCCGUCCCGAGAACUCUGCACCAGCAGCAGCAGUACCACCAUAACCCGCAGCAGCAGCCGAAACCACCGGGACCCCAGGGCGCCCCUGUGUACGUGCAGCCUCAGCAAAUACGCGCCACGGUCCAGCAACAACAGCAAGCAGUUCAGCCGGCCCCGGUGAACGCUCGCCCUCAACAGCCGCCGCCCGGAUUCCGCGCAGCUCCCCAGCAGCCCGCGGCCCCGCAGCGCCAGACGCCCUCUCAGAAGGUUCUGUUCUCGAGCGACCUGAUCAAGAUGUAUCCGAACAGCUCGAGCAUGCCGCGUAUGCCCCCGUCACGCAGCCGCGCCAUCCCCCAACUACAGGACGCGACGGCUACGCAGAAUGGGCAGAAACGCCUGUUUGCCCGUGCCGCUCGCCCGGCCCAGCAGCAGCAGCCACAGCCGGCCCCUCAGCCUCAACAAGUUCAGCAGCAGUACCCCGUACAGUACGCCAACGCUGCGGCUAGUACCAGUGGUCAUCAACAGUCGAUCGUCGUCGGGAAACGUCCGGCCCCGGGGCCAGCUUCCUGCCCAAUCCCGGCCAAGCUACCGGCCUACCAACAGGCCCAACUUCCGCAACAGGGUCAGUACCAGCUGCCCCAGCAGCAGCCGCAGCGUCUGACGAUGACCGUGUCCCAAGAGCAGCCACAGUCUCAGCAACAGCAGCAACAAGCCACCCGCACCUUCCAGCCGCCCAACAUCCUGCAGCGCCGCAAGCUGGGACAGAGCCAAAUCGUGCGCCUGCGCCCGCUUGAAGGCGGCAUCCCGCCCGCCGCCGGCCACAUCUACCAGGUGCUGGAGCCGGGCCCGACGAAGGCCGAGCAGCCCAACCAGCGCCAAGUCGCCCACCACGACGCGCUGGCCGUCAUCGACGGGAUGCGCCAAAAGUUCGCCAACCAGGGCCAAGUAAACGAAGGGAAUGGCUCUCCAGCUCCAGCUCCCGCAGCUGCCGAAAACCCGCCCGCCGCCCAAAGUCAGGCCGAGCAACAGCCGUUGCAGGACGAUGAGGACCUGAUGGCCGAGUUUUUUGAACCUGGCACCUAC